AUGGCCAAUGUGAACUCCUCGGCAUUUGGUCACGCAGUCCAGAACAACUCUUCACACACGCUCAAGGAGUUAUUUGGUGUCAAAAGACACGAAGACCCAUUAGGAUCGAAUGUUCCAAGAGGAACUGCCAAUUUCGAACCAAGACUCGUACGCAAAUCUCAGGGGGAAGAUAACAGUCAAGAGACAGUUUUCAGCAACAACCGUGCCAAGGAGGCGGGGACCCAGGAGAUUCAGACGGCAAUGACAGCGAUGAUGGGGAAGGGAAUAACAGUCCAUGCAGAGGACCCAGGAAACCUUUCUCACCAAGUAACCCAUGAAAAAACCCGUUUAGUGCCAUUCCAGGAGAAGGAAACUCAGUCUAUUCAAACAAUUAGUCAGAGCAUAGAAACACAUGAUAGGAUCGAACAGGAUUGGAAUACACCACAAGUGGCUACCACCUUUAUCAUAAAACCAAGGCACUUGCCUGUAGAGCUGCCUUUCAUAGGUAUUUCAUUCACUGGGUUAGGUGUAUUCAUUGCCUUUUUCAUAAUUAAUGGAAUUUUCGGUGCUUUCAUUGCUUUUUUCAUAAUCAAUCCAGUGUAA